AUGACCAGCGUCAACGGUGUUCCUCGAGGAAUGUCAAUAUCACUAUCGCCGACAUCAGUCAAUCCGAGCACGAUACCUUCCUCUGAUCCUAUACCCAGUCUCGGUUCAUCCGAUGCAUUCCAACAUCCCUCAUCAUCUAGAGCUUCGACUUCGUCCUCAUCGUCAUCGCCUGACCAUUCUCUAGAUUUGCCUUCAUUACAACCCCUAUCUCAUGACCAUCCAUUGUUGUCUGCACAAGAGUUCAACGCGGACGAAUUCCUGUUAUCAAGAUUACACAUACCGCUCGAAGAGCUCCGAGGGGAAUUGAGAGGGUACUUGGGAGAACUAAGGGAAGAGCUGGUCAGAUUAAUCAAUGAAGAUUAUGAAGAGUUCAUUUCACUUGGUACGGGAUUGAGGGGGGAAGAAGGUAGAUUAAAAGGAUUGCAAGAACCAAUGAAACAAGUCAGAGGUGAAAUUCAGAACGUGAGAGAUGUACUGUAUGAACACCAGCAUAAGGUGCAGAGUAAACUGGAUGAAAGAUCAGCACUGAGAGAGGAAAAGGCUCUCCUUGAUUUACUUCAACGUCUGUUUGAUACACUGGGCAGGGCAGAGACGUUACUGGAUUCAACGCCUGAAGAAGAACAUGGUUCAGCUAAGAUGGUCACUAGAGUAGCUGGAGAAUAUACACAAGUGGUUUAUCUAGUCAAUAAAGCUAGAAUGGAAGGAUGUGCUAUCGUUGAUAUCGUAAAAGAUCGUAUUGAGAAUAUCAAAUCACGCUUAUCGAAAGAUCUUUCGAUGCUCCUUAAAGCUGAACUUGCCGAGCCUAGUGUACCGAGAUUGAAACAAUGUUUAAAGACAUAUAAAAACUUAGAAGGAUGGGAAGAAGCUGAAGAUAUAGUCAGGCAAUCUGUACGAGCGUUCUGUCGAGCAACUAUCACGUCAACUUCCCUGGUGGUUCCGACGACACCUGUGGCGCCUCAAACACCCCAUCCAUUGCUCGGAUCCCUCGAGAGAUCCAUCAGGUUAUCGUCGGAAGAUACCUCACCUCUAGCUGCGUUGUAUAAUCGGAUUCUCGCCCAUGUCGAAACUCUACAACCUCUCAUGCAAGUCGCAGACGAUCUAUCAGAUAAAUUCGACUUCUUCUCAAAAGUCAUUUGGCCUGAAAUAUCGACUGCACUCGCUGAAAGACUAGGAAGUACGAUUUUUUCUGCUGGAAGACCUGAUGAGUUACAUAAACAUUACUCAACGACACAUAAAUUCAUCACUUUACUCGAAUCCCUAGCACCCUCAUCACGGAACAUCGUAUUGAUGAGAAGUAGUCAAUCGUACGAAUCGUUUGAAAGAAGAUGGCAAUUACCUGUAUAUUUCCAAUUGAGAUGGAAAGAAAUUGUUGGCGCCCUAGAAAACUCACUGGUCUCCACUACGGCGAGUACGAGUACGUCAAGCGCAAGUGGGGGUGCGAAUGCAGAAUGGGCUUUGUCAGGUUCAGCGAGUGUUUGGAAAGCUUUAGAACAUACUUGGAGUGAAGAUGUCUUUAUAAAUGAGCUAGCCCCCAGAUUCUGGAGACUAAGUUUACAGAUCAUUGCUCGAUACAAUACUUUCCUGAAGUCCACACUUGAUUCGUUCACAGUGGGAGACGAAGACAUAGCUCAAGAAGAUGCGGCUCUGAGAUUUGCAGCUUCAGUGAUUGUUGAUCUGAAUCAGAUGAGAAAGAGAACUGCAGAACUGGAUGUCAUACAAUCCCUGGGUCUCGAGGAUCAUCUUACUCUCCCUGUUUUACCUUACUCCACCUUACUACUCCAAAUCCUCACACGUAGAUGUAUAGAUCCCCUCAAACUCAUUCGAUCAGUCGCAUCUCAAUUCCGUGCGUCUCCCACACCUACAAAUUCGACCUCAACUUCUUCCCAGCCAUCAUAUUUCGUCCCUACAGUCCUCAAGCCACUUCAUACAUUGUAUGCAUCCAGACCCACGCUCAAAGACAAAUAUGGUAAAGAAUGGUCAACAAGACUCACCGAUUCAAUUUUGGUCAACUACGCAUCAAUUUUAUCGAGUGUAAGGAAAACAGAAGAUCUAUUGAGGAAACAUCGUAAAUCAAAGAAAACGGGUUUAUCAUCCUUCUUCGGUGGAUCAGGAGGAUCGUCCAUGUCCAAUAGCGAAUCAAAUGGUGGUGGUGGUGAAGGUGAAAAGGAAGAAGAACGAUUCAGAACUCAAAUGCGUGUCGAUAUAAUUGCGUUAAAAGACGACGCUAAGAGUCUAGGUGUCGACGUGGAAGAACUAGAAAGUUGGAAAGAGUUGAACGAAGUUGUCAAUAGACCAGCGGAAUGA